GACGGACAGACUCUGGGCCUGGUGUGGGCUUUUGAAACCUCAAAGCUCACCCCCCCCCCCAGUGACACACUUCCUCCAACAAGGCCACACUUACUCAAACAAGGCCAUGGCGCCCAAUCCUUCUCCAGUACUGCCACUCUCUGAUGACUGAACAUUCAAAUACAUGAGCCUGUAUAGGCCAUUCUUAGUUAAGCCACCGUAUUCUGGAACUCAUUAUGUGACCAAAUGGCCUGGAAUUCAGAACAGUGCACCUGCUUCAGCCUUCCAAGUGCUAGAACUACAGCUGUGAACUACCAUGGCCCCUUCCCUCCUACUGUUCUUUAUCAUCUCCUUCGAUGCUCAGUUUUGAGAAGGGGGAGAAGGAAAAGAUGCAUUUCAUCUUCUCAGAUGAGGCUGUGCUUCUGUUUGAUUUCUGGAGAGUCCACAGUCCUACAGGCAUGGCCCUCUCAGUGCUGGUAGUCUUGCUCCUGGCUGUACUGUAUGAAGGCAUCAAGGUUGGCAAAGCCAAGUUGCUCCAUAAGACUCUGGAGAACCUGCCUAGUACCAGCAGCCAGCAGCUCAUCCCGGAACCAGACCAGGAUUCUACAGGCUCCGGAUCAACUCCAGCCAAUAGUACCCGCCUCAGGUGGUUUUUGUGUUACUUUGGCCAGUCCCUGGUCCAUGUCAUUCAGGUGGUCAUUGGCUACUUUGUGAUGCUGGCUGUAAUGUCCUACAACACCUGGAUUUUCCUCGGUGUGGUCCUGGGCUCGGCUGUGGGCUACUACCUAGCCUACCCACUUCUCAACAUGACUUAGUGGGCCAGACCUGCGUAGAUGCUGAGUGAGGGCUGAAGAGAACUGGGGCCUCUGCUCCAGGCAUUGCACUUCCAGAUGCUUUUUCUUACGAUGGCCACUGUCCACCUCUUUCCCAGUUCCUGGCAGCUUUGAGCUGAAGCCAGCGAACAGUCCCUGGAGCUUAGAGGUCAUUGGAGCUACCUCCCUUCCUAGCCCCGCCUACAUAGGGCCAGGCCUCCUGUGGUGCCUUAGGCAAGUAGCUGUGACCAAAGGGAACAUGGAAGAGACUGGAACCUGGAGCAAAGGUAGCCAGACCUGUGACUACAGAUCUCAGACUUCAAAUUAAAAUUUCCCAAAGAGCUUCAGUGAGGAAGGCCAUGGAACCUGGAUAUCCUCUUCUGCUUUGUGCCUUAAUGUCAGGGGCAUCUCCAGUCUUUGGGGACAGACUAUGCCAGCUCCUUCUCACCUUUUUGCCUUGGAACACAUAAAGACUGCCAUUGACAAAACAAGUUUUUCACUUGGACCCCCUGGUUGGCAAUUUUGUACAUUUAUACGAAACACAGUUUCUAAUGAACUCACCGUGUUCAUGAUGAUGGCAGUGUCUGCAGAGACCAGGCUCCCUUGCUUAGGGAGCCGAUACUGAUUCAAGGCAGAGCCAGGACGGUUAGCAAGGCUGCAGACUGUCUGCGGUGCAAAUGAGCUCUCCCCGUCCGACAGCCCCGCCUGCGGCAGGUCAGUCUCGUGACCAGGGCCACACCCCAUCCUGUGUGCACCACAGAGGACGGCAUUUCCUAACAGCCUGGCUGCCUCUCAUUUCUUACUUGCUAACUCCCAAUGACCUGGGAGGGAGGGAGCCAUGAGUCAGUCACUGAAGGACUGAUUCAGCAGGGGUGUGUUGCGGGGGCUGACUGAGGGUGCAAUAGAAGUACUGACUCGGCAGGGGUGUGACUGAGGGCGCAAUAGCACGCAAACCAAAGCCAGGUCAUGUUAAGCGGUAAGUGGACUCCAGGUAUUUGAGCCUUUUCACUUUACAGAAAAAAGUUAGAGACAGGAAUGGGGACACGUACAUGUAAUCCCAGUACCCGGGAGGCUGAGCCAAGGGAUUGUGGGUCUGAGGGCAGCCCAGGUUACAUACAGAGUUCCAGACUAGCCUGGAAUGAAACACACACACACACACACACACACACACACACACACACACACACACACACACACACGGCAGUCACUGCUACAUACCAUAGUGUCUAUGUUCAAGUACCUCAUGGGCUCAAUGAAAAGACGGUUUUAAGCUUUGGGAAUUAAAAACAAAUACACUUUAAUAAAUUUCUAUUUUUGAACAGUC